CUCACUUGAUAGUCACAAUACAUUCAGUCGAUCAGAAGCGAAACGGCACUCAGAUUGUGUGUGAUAUAAAAAACCACCGACAAAAAACAAAAAAAAUGUCAUACUCCUGGGAUAACCGUGUAGACUUUGUUGUACGGUAUAUGUAUGAUAUCGACAACAAUGGCUAUCUGGAUCAAAAUGACUUCCAGUGCAUGGCUGUACGAGCAUGCGUUGUGGAGGGCAAAGGCGACUGCAGUGCUGCCCGCAUUGAAGAAUAUCAAAAACUUAUGAAGAACUUGUGGGAUGAAAUCUCAGAAAUUGCUGAUGAUGACAAAGACGGUAAAAUUUCAAAUGCCGAAUUCAAAGAAGCCGUACGAAAAACUUGCGUUGGCAAGAAAUACGACGAAUUCCCCCAGGCAAUGAGGGCAUUUAUUGAAGCCAAUUUCAAAAUCCUAGACAUCAAUAGUGACGGUAUUGUGGGUGUUGAGGAAUACCGUUAUAACUGCAUUACCAGAAUAGCUAUCGAUGAUGUUGCACCAAUCGAUAAAGCAUUCGAGACUCUAUUAAAUGACGACGACAGAAAACGCGGUGGUCUGUCAUUGGAUCGUUACAAGGAACUGUAUGCUCAAUUUUUGGGCAACACUGCCGACGACCAUCCAGCUGUCAACUUGUUCGGGCCUUUAUAAAUACACAAAUAAAAAAACAAGCAAAAUUUUUAACUAAAUAAAAUAAAUAUAUAUUUUUUUGAUUGUCUUCGCUGUUGUUCAACUAUUGUCAUUUAAGUGUCAUUCAUAAUCACUUUUACAUUAUAUCUAAUUAAUUAACUAUGGCAAAAAAGUGAAUUUACGUUAUGUACCCACGCACACCGAAAAGUAUGUAGAAUCGUUAAAAAACAUAAAAACAAUACAAUAUACAUAUAUACAUAGAUAAUUGUUAAUGGAAAGCAAUAAAAAGCAAAAUCUACCUUUUUUUGCUCUCCCACAAAAUGAAAAAACAAAAAAACAAUCUUGACAUAUGUCUCUCUCUCUUAAUCUUAAAAAAAAAAA